GUUCAUGUUACGUUUUCCCAAUUUCUAUACAGAGGAAAAUUCUCGUGAAAAGCGUCGCGUACUACCCGGAAAACCCUUUCAAUAAAUUCGAAUCCGAGGUGCUAGUGAACCGAUUAUAACUUUUCCUAUUAGUGUUGUGAUUUUCAGAGAUUUUCCUAAGGGAAAAACUCUUUCAACUUCCAAAUCGGAUAUUUACAUCAUUAUUAGAGUUCACUUCAAAAUGUGGUUAAAUUUUUCGAUCAGCUGGUGUGAGAGUGUGUUAGUGUGAGUGUGUAAGUGAUCAGUGCUCUGAUUGGAUGUGCCAGUCUGGUGACGUCAUGAGUGCCCGACCAAUGAGCGGGUUUCGCGCCAAAAUGAUCACGUGUUUGCUAGCGGCUCUCCUAUUGGUUCUGACCACUCGAUCCGGUAUGGCGUCCCCUCCGCUACCCACAGCUAUAAUCGAUUAUGGUCCAGGAAUUUCCCAGGAAUCUUCAAGUAAAUGGGACAUAGCCGACUCCCGGGUGGCCCGUCCGCCGCCCCGACCGGCGCCCCAUGUGCCGUCACCCCAUCUGUUUCCGGUUGGAACGGCCCUACUUCGAUGACGUGUCGCCCCGGAACGUGACAGCCGUGGUCGGCCAGACCGCGUUGCUCCGUUGCCGCGUCAAGCAUAUCGGCAAUAGGACCGUUUCGUGGAUGCGAAAAAGGGACCUCCACAUUCUGACCAGCAACAUUUUCACAUACACGGGAGACGGCCGCUUCAGCGUAGCCCACCCAGAGUCAAGCGAUGACUGGAACCUGAGGAUAGAGUAUGUGCAGACCAGAGAUGCUGGCAUUUACGAGUGUCAGGUCAACACCGAGCCCAAGAUCAACUAUGCUAUCAACCUCAACGUCGAAGCGGCCCAGGCGGCCAUUUUGGGUCCAGACGAGGUGUUCGUGAAGCGAGGCAGUACAAUCAGCCUGACCUGUUCUGUGAACGUACAUAGCCAACCUCCCGGAUCUGUGCUCUGGUACCAGGGAGUUAGUGUGGUAGACUUCGACUCGCCAAGAGGAGGAAUAUCCCUGGAGACUGAGAAGACGGAAGCUGGAACAACUAGUAAACUGCUUGUGACGAAAGCAUCAUUGACAGAUUCGGGGAACUACACAUGUGUCCCAUCCAAUGCCAAACCUGCAUCAGUCUACGUGCAUGUACUCAAUGGUGAGCAUCCUGCCGCUAUGCAGCAUGGAGAGCAUAGCGCUGGCUACAGGCUGGUCGCUCUCACUCUCACACUCUUCAUUGCGUCAUCUGUGAUUAUGAUCAGCUGAUUCACCCUGCUCUGUCUCUGUCUCUGUUAGACAGAGCAAUACAACCAAGAAAAAAAGAUAAGAAGAUAUGUCACGGUUUGUACAAUCCAUUCAAAGUUGGGAAGUUCUGUAUCAAUUAAUGGUGUUGUGUAUCAAGUUGAGAUGAUACUGUAUCAUAUUGUGGUGAUACUGUAUCGUUUGUUGUGAUACUGUAUCAUUUAAGGUGAUGUGUAUACCUUAGAAAAAAGGUAGAGAAGAUAUGCCAUGGUUUGUACAAUUCAUUCAAAGUUGAGAAGUUCUGUAUCAAAUUAUGGUGUUGUGUAUCAUAUUUUGUUAAUACUGUAUCAUGUGUU